AGAUCCUGCUGUGCGUUCAGGACCAGGACGAUCCAGCUGUUGACGUCUGUAAAAAGUUGUUGGGAAAAUAUCCCAACGUGGACGCUCGAUUAUUCAUCGGGGGGAAGAAAGUUGGAAUCAACCCCAAGAUCAACAACCUGAUGCCGGGCUACGAAGGAGCCAAAUAUGGCCUGGUCUGGAUCUGUGACAGCGGCAUCAGAGUGAAACCUGACACCCUGACAGAUCUGACCAAUCAGAUGACAGAGAAGGUGGGAUUGGUCCAUGGGUUGCCAUAUGUUGCCGACCGCCAAGGCUUCGCCGCCACACUGGAGCAGGUGUAUUUCGGGACGUCCCACCCUCGCUCCUACAUCUCUGCUAACGUGACGGGGAUAAAGUGUGUGACGGGGAUGUCGUGCCUGAUGAGGAAGGACGUGUUGGAUCAAGCCGGCGGAUUGGUCGCCUUCGCUCAGUACAUCGCGGAGGAUUACUUCAUGGCUAAAGCCAUCGCUGACAGAGGCUGGAAGUUCUCCAUGGCGACACAGGUGGCGCUGCAGAACUCUGGGUCGUACUCCAUUGCCCAGUUCCAGUCCCGCAUGAUCAGGUGGACCAAGCUGAGGAUCAACAUGCUGCCUGGGACCGUGCUGGAGCCCGUCUCCGAGUGCUUCCUGGCCAGCCUCAUCAUUGGCUGGGCUGCUCAUUAUGUGUUCAGGUGGGACAUGAUGGUCUUCUUCAUGUGUCACUGUCUCGCCUGGUUCCUGUCGGACUACAUCCAGCUGACUGGAGUUCAGGGCGGGCCGCUGUGCUUCUCCAAGCUGGACUUUGCGGUGGCGUGGUUCAUCAGGGAGUCGAUGGCGGUGCAGAUCUUCCUGUCGGCUCUGUGGGACCCGACCAUCAGCUGGAGGACCGGCCGGUACCGGCUGCGCUGCGGCGGCACCGCCGAGGAGAUCCUCGACGUCUAGUUACCAUGGCAACGGGCAACUUCCUCAUCCUCCUGGAGACCAGGAUGAGGAGGAGACGAGAGAAAGAGACUGAUGUUUGUUUUUGUUUUUUUAUGAGAAAAACUGAAGAGUGUGUGUGUUUAACUAUUUAUGUUCCUUUUGGUGCUAAGCUGAAUGAUGCCAGAACAAGCCAAUGAGAGUGCAGGGAGAGAGUGACGCAUCGCACUGAAUUGGCUGAUCUUAUAUCGGCGCUGAUCUCUGAACCAAUCAACUUUAAUGUUUCAGGAAGUCUGAAAUAAUAAUCUGAGCUGAUUUAAACACGACAGCAUUUAUACUAUAUACAGAAUAUUUUACUUUGAAAACCAUGGGAGCUUUGAUUCUGAUGAUUUUCAAGCUAAAACAUCUGACUUCUCUGUCAGCAGGAAGUCGUCCGUCGUGGUUAAAGGGGACUCGACGGUUCCUGACUUGAGGAGGUGAAUUAUCUCCUUUCACACGUCUGGUUAGAAGAACAGCUCCCCGCUGGACGUCCGUGUGAAAACAGAUAAAACCUCAGAUACAAUGUGAAGCGACCGCUCGGCGAGCGAGGAGAGGCUCGCUGUCUCCGCCGUUCUGCUGAUGUUCUUCAUGUGAACAAAUACAUUUCAUUGAAAGAGAACCGCAUUUCCUGAAGGUGAACAAAGAGGAGACAUUUUCUUUUAGAUUUGUAAAGAAAACGUGUUUGGUCAUUUAAAAAGCUCACAAAUACACGAUUCUGUGAUCUUGUAAGUGUGACGCAGAGAAUCUCAUGUUUACCAGAACUUUAGAACAAAUUAUAUUUAAAAGAAACAUCUUUCGGAUUCAGCUGGGUCUGGACCAGAAACCUGGAUCCUAAUUCUGAAAAGCAGUCAAGAGAAGAAGAAGAAAGUCUUAAAAACUUGUCUGAAUGUGUUUCUGAAGGUUGUGAUGUCACAGUGAUGUCACAGUGUGUUAGAGCGAAAUGUCCGGUUUCUGGUUUUUAAAUUUGACAAACGGACUUUGAACCCGAAGCAGGACUGAACGGAUCAGUAUUCUGACGUUUAACGGUCGCGAUAUUUCAAGUGAUUCACAGAACAAACAAACACAGGACCAAAUAAAGAAAGAAAAGAGACCGCCACAUUUCUGACCUUCUGUUGUGAGUCUGAACGCUGCGUGUGCGAGCGUGUGCGUGCGAGCGUGUGUUUUUUAAAGCCGUGUUGCUUCACUGUUAGCCCUUAGUUGUUAGUGUAGCCCGCGAGGGGGGGGGUUUGGUUGAUGACCUCAGCUUCGAGUCGGAUGAACCCCACCCCCCCAUCAUUGCCGUUGUCCAAUAGGAUCCUGAUUUGUUUAUUGUUGUUGUUUUUUUAAUUCCACUGACCUGCUGUAGUCUGAACCGACCAAUCACAGUGGAGGAUUGUGUCAACACAGGAACAAUAAAGUUUUAUCCUUUGAAAGCUGAA